AUGACUGCCAUCGUUAGCAUCAGUCGUCUAUUGGAUGCCCUUGUUACCGGAGCCUUUGUCGUGUGUUUAUCGGGACUAUCACUAUACGUGUUAAGCCUCUUCUACAAGUUCGUAGUGGUUACAGAGAGAGCUCGAACUGGAGUCUUCGGCAACUUCUUACAGAACUCUCUACCCUUCAAGCACAACCGUUUCGAAUACAACCUAACCCAUAUAAUCCUGUUUGGUAUCCUCAUCACACUCUUCACUUUAUGCCAUCAUAAGUAUUUGGAUGAACUAGAGAAGAAGGAGAGCAAAGGAGGGAAGUCGAAGGCCAGCCAGAAGCAGCAGCAAACAAGUAGUGACGUCGAAGCUGCCGUUAGAGGUUUAACCAAUGAUAUAACAGCAAAGGAGAACCAGGAUACUGGCGAUGCUGACCCUCUGGCAGUUGAGAAGGUCGUAGAGGGAGCUAGGAUAGGGGACUUGCAGGACUCAGUUCCACUCAAUCGGGCUGGCUUGAUUCAAGCUCUUAAAGUCGUUCAACCAAUACUGUAUGACUCGGCAGCUGCAUCUAUAGUAGGCAAGUUAUGUGAGAUAGAUGCCGCAAUAGCUUCAUUGGAAACCCCAAGUCCCACUGAAGGCAACGGAAGACUUGGUCGUUACACUCCUGGUAACGGUAAGGCUGCCGCUAUCAUCACUGACUUGGUAGUGGACAACCUUAUGAAGGCUGUUACUGACAGUGCUAUGGCAGUAGCCUUAGGGUACUCCCCUGUUACCUUAUACUGCCCUAAUGAGGUAGCUGAGUUACCUCGAGUCCUUCUGGCGGGCCGUGGUGUUGAUAUAGUAACCAAAGAGGUCACACCGGAUGGUGUACAGGAUGCCUCUGUGUACGAAUUGCCACUUCUGGCUGAGGACGCUCUCACCUUUUUGGAGCCCUCGGGUCAGAAGAAAUUGAUGGAAGUGUUGGAUGAGACAUUGGAUGUGAUAAGAAGCGUAGCAAACGAAGAGUCGAGUAUCAUUCAACGUACGACAGUUAAAGAUGAAACGAGAGUGCGACAUCUACUGCUAGCCUCGCCUGAGCCCUAUGAUUCUCUAGUCAAGACCUCUAUCUUUGAUGCUACCAUGAAGGAGCUAGCCACUACUGAUGAUGAGGACACUAAAACAGUGCUUCACUAUGUCUCACUGGAGGGAGCACCCAUUGUGGACCCAGCCAAGAGUUUCAGCCGCUUCACAUCACGAAGUUUGGGAUGGCAAACCAUUACACAUGCUUCUUAUGACCAUCUAUUGAAUUGGCUCAAUGAUCAUGACUAUAAGCUCCUUCCCAAGGAGUUCACAGAUGCUGUUGACGUUGUCAAUGACAGAUUCCCUCUCGACGCAGUUCAAUUAACGUCCUGGUAUAUCAAUGAUUACCUAGCUGGUGGUGAAGUCGUCCUCGAUGCUAACGAGAUGAUGAGAGAUAUCACUACCAAGCCUCAGCCAAGGAAUGAUAUGUUUGGCGGCUUCGAUAACGAUGCUACAGAUCCCAUCACUGACUUGUCCGAAUUCGACGAUGAGGACUCUACUGAUGAAGCCGGUGUUGAUGAGGAGGAUCAAGCUGAUGAUAAUAAGACGACAGUGGAUGAUGUCAAUAUAAAGGAUAAGAUUAUCAAAGAAUUCGACUCUUUGAAAGAUGCCCCUGCCGAGAAUAAGGCAUAA